AUGUUUCUUUCUAUCGCGACCCUUUUACUUUUUGUAAGCCAGUGUAAUAUUGUCCAAUCUGAUGCCAAUUUGAUCCAACAAAUAUGCAAGAGGACACCAAACUUCAAUAUCUGUGUCACUUCUCUUCAGUCAGACCCUAAAAGCUCAACAGCAGAUAUAAAUGGGCUAGCACUCAUAAUGGUGGGUGUACUGAAGGCUAAAUCUACCUCAACACUAAACCUCAUCAACCAGAAGCUUAAAGAGAGUCCAGCGUUAAAGCAACCUUUGACUUCUUGUGCUAGCAAAUAUAAUGCAAUUUUGACAGGUGAUAUCCCUCAAGCUACUGAAGCUUUGCAGAAGGGUAACCCUAAAUUUGCUGAAAGUGGUGCAAAUGAUGCUGCUCUUGAGGCUGAUUUAUGUGAAGGGGGUUUCAAAGGCAGCUCACCCAUAACCGCUUCGAAUAAAUUGGUCCAUGACAUUUCAGUUGUUACUGCUGCCAUUGUCAGGAAUUUGCUUUAG